AAAGCGGAAGCCGUCAGCAGCGUGAGCAGACGACAGAGGCACAUGGCGCAGGGUGGCGGUGGAGGCAGCAGCAAUGGAAGGCCAUACAGCACCCUAUCACAAAAUGGAACCCACCCAAACAGUGUAAGGAGACCUGAAAGUGGCACAUGGCAGAUUCUGGCGAUGAAGUCAGCAGCACCUAUGACAAAAUGGAACCCACCAGCAGUGUGAGGAGACCUGAAAGUGGCACAUGGCAGAGUGUGGCGAUGGAGACAGCAGCAAUGGGAGGUCGUACAGGGACCGAUGAGACACUCUGGACCUGGCAGCAGCGUGA